AUGAACUUCAAGAUACUUGAGGUAUUCAAGACGUCAGCGUCCUUCACAGGGGGCAAGCAGUAUAAGGUAAGCGCUGCAAUUUUAUCCUCCUCCCAGUGUUCUGGGGAAGUCUCUCAAAGGCCCAAGGACAAGAGCGCGUAUUUCUGUGUUGCCGGGGAAGAUGUCGGUUUGGGGCCAAGAACUGAGGUUGGAGUGGACCGGCGGGGGAGUGCUGUCUUCUCUGUGAGCCUCCUGCCUGCUUCCCUGGACCCUCCAGCAAGGAGACAGCCACCUGGAGGCUUCCUAUGGUGGGGGCACAUUCUCCCCAGCUACGUGGACCCAGCAGGCCACAGCCCUUGGCUAUGCUAUUGCACAGUGUUAUCUGAGGACUGGGUCUUACCCUCUCUUCCUCGCAGACUUUCUCUGGAAGCCCUGAGUUCCUGGCCUUUCUGUGAUCCCCACCUUUCCCAUCGCCCUCCACCAGGAGGGAGGGUAAGUCCCUCCAGCUUCCAUCAGCCACACAGCCCUGCCCACCUUUGCCAGGACAGGGCCCGGGCUGUAGUUCAUGUGAGAAAUUCUUCACUGGGUGGUGGGGACAAUUCUACAGGUAACGUCCCUGGAGGAGGGACAGAAGCAGAAGAUUUGCUCACUUGGACUGUGUGUGUGCCUGACGAGGGGAAACAUGUCAAGUUCUUUAUCAAGGCUUCUCUCCUGGGUAGCCCCUUCAUUGACUCCCAGGCUCUAUGGCCCUGAGGUUUAGAGCCUGACCAGCAUAGACACAGCCCCUAAAGCCAUGUAUGUUUUACUGGGAAUUGCCAGAGAAAAAAACAGUGGCUCAGACUGAAUUCUAUUUAUUCCAGUGGGCUCGCUGCAACAAAAUAUCUGUUAAUGGCUAAUAAAUACAUGAAAAGAUGCUUACCAUCAUUCAUUAUUAGAGAAAUGCAAAUCAAAACUACA